CCGCUUCCCUCAGGAGCCGCCGCCAUUUUGCCCCCCCCCCGUUCCCGUUCCAUUCUCCCGUCAUGGCGUUGGUUUCGGCCGAUUCCCGCAUCGCGGAGCUGCUGGGGGAGCUGCACCAGCUCAUUAAACAGACGCAGGAGGAGCGCUCCCGCAGCGAGCACAACCUGGUGAACAUCCAGAAGACGCACGAGCGGAUGCAGACGGAGAACAAAAUUUCCCCCUAUUACCGCACCAAGCUCCGAGGGCUCUACACCACAGCCAAGGCCGACGCCGAGGCCGAGUGCAACGUUCUCCGGAGAGCUCUGGAUAAAAUCGCCGAGAUCAAAUCGCUGCUCGAGGAGCGCCGCAUCGCGGCAAAAAUCGCCGGGAUUUACAGCGAGGCAGAGCCGCCCAGGAAGACGAUGAGGAGGGGGGUGCUGAUGACGCUGCUGCAGCAGUCGGCGAUGACGCUGCCGCUGUGGAUUGGGAAGCCCGGAGAAAAACCCCCUCCCCUCUGUGGGGCCGUCCCGGCCGCCGGGGACUACGUGGCCAAGCCUGGGGACAAAGUGGCCGCCAGGGUGAAGGCGCUGGAGGGCGACGAGCAGUGGAUCCUGGCCGAGGUGGUCAGCUACAGCCACGCUGCCAACAAGUACGAAGUUGAUGACAUCGACGAGGAAGGGAAGGAGCGCCACACCCUGAGCCGCCGCCGCAUCAUCCCCCUGCCCCAGUGGAAAACCAACCCCGAGACGGAUCCCGAGGCUCUGUUCCACAAGGAUCAGCUGGUGCUGGCCCUCUACCCCCAGACCACCUGCUUCUACCGCGCCCUCAUCCACGCCCCGCCCCAGCGCCCCCAGGACGAUUAUUCGGUGCUUUUCGAGGACACCUCCUACGCCGACGGUUACUCCCCGCCCCUGAACGUGGCCCAGCGCUACGUGGUGGCCUGCAAAGAGACCAAAAAAAAGUGAAAAUUGGGGAAAAACCGCCCAAAAUUGGAAAAAAACGACCCAAAAAUCGAAAAGAACAGCCUGGAAUUAUGGGGGAGGGGGGAAAUGGGAUUUUUGGGGGGUAAAAAUAGGAUUUAAAGGGGAAAAAUGGAAAAAAAUUUGAUUUUUUAAAGGGGGAAAAUUGAGGUUUUUUUGGGGAGAAAUUGGGAUUUUUGGUGGGAAAAAAUUAGGAUUUUUGGGAAAAAUUUGGAGUAGUUGGGGGGUAAAUAAUGGGAAUUUUUGGUAAAAUUUUGGGAUUUUUUGGGGAAAAAAUUUGGGAUUUUAUGGGCAAAAUUGUGGUUUUCAUGGAGAAAUAAGUGCUGCAUUUUGGGGGAAAAAAUUGGGAUUUUUAAGGGUAAAAAAAUGGGAAUUUUGAGGGGAAAAUUUGAGAAUUUUUUCAGUAAAAAUAAGGAUUUUUAUUGGGAAAAAUAAGGUUUUCUUGAAGAAAAAAUAUAAAUUUCUUGGGGGAAAAACUGGGGUUUUUAUGGGAGAAGAUUGAGGGUUUUUUAGGGGAAUAGUUGAUAUUUUAUGGGGAAAAAAUGGGAUUUUUAUGGAGGAAAUUUGGGAUUUUUUUAGGACGAAAAUUUGAGGCAUUUUGGAAACAAACUAAAAUUUUUUGGGGAAGAAAAAAAUGGGAUUUUUAUGGAAAAAAAAUGGGAUUUUUAUGGGGGAAGACUUGAGAUUUUUUGGGGAUAAAAUUAGGAAUUCUUUUGAAAAAAUUAAAAUAUUUUUGGGGAAAAUUUAGAUUUUUAAAGGGCAAUAAUUAUGAAUUUUUGGGGGAAAAUGUGGAAUUUUUCUGGUUAAAAUUGGGGGAAAUGCCCCAAAAUUUGGGACAAAAAAUCCCAAAAUUUUUUGGGAGGGUUUAGGGAUCCACAGAAAUUAAAUAAGGAAAAAAAUUGGGAAAAAAACGGGUUAAAAAGGAAAAAAAAAGGGAAAAAAAUGGAAAUUUUACAACUCAAAAUGGCGGCCAAAAGGGGGAGGGGCAAAAGGAAAUGACAUCAUAGGGGUGUGGCCAGGCAAAGCCACACCCCCUAAAUGACAAUAAACAAAUUAUUUUUUAAUAAUAAAUAAGUUUUAUUACAAAUAAAUAAAUUUUAAAAGGUAAAAA